CCAGAUCACUGCAGAGAAUGACACAGCUGCACAUCAACAAUUAGAAAGACUGGCAGAAAUCCUCAGAUUUUAAAGUUGACAGAAUGCUGAUGAACCACACAAACCAAACAGAGGAGGACCUCUUCUCCUGCUACAGUCCCUCAGUCGUUGGUUACCGGUACUUUGCUGUGCUGUGGGGAUGUGCCGUGACCAUCACUGGUACGCUGGGGAACAUGAUGACCAUCCUGGCCUUCGCCUUAGACCCACGUCUGAGGACCCGCUUCAAUGUGCUCAUCGUCAACCUGGCUGUAGCUGAUCUCCUGUACUGCACCAUAUUGCAGCCCAUAUCAGUCGACUCCUAUCUACACCUCAGAUGGCGCAGUGGUCAGCUCUGGUGCAGUAUCUUCGGCCUGCUCCUCUUCCUCUCCAACUCUGUCUCCAUUAUCACCCUCUGUCUGGUGGCAGUAGGCCGAUACCUCCUGGUCACAAAAACAACCGUGUUUGACCGUGUCUUCUCUGACCGUGGUCUCAUCUCACUCCUGAUCUCAGCGUGGGCACUGGGCCUGGCCAGCUUUGGCCCACUCUGGCCUGUUUAUGUGUUCGUGCCACAGGUGUGCACAUGCAGCUUCCAUCGCACAAGGGGUCGUCCUUACAGCACCAUCCUGCUCUUUUUCUACUUUUUUGUUGGUUUGGGCUGUGUUGGUGUUUUCUACCUCCUCAUUUACAAACGUGUCCAGAUUGCCUCAAAAGCUCUGCUCCGCUACCGGCCAAGCCGCCGGUCCUCCAGAAAGAAACCAACUUCUUCAGCACAAGGGACUGAUGAUAGUGGUGUAGAGAGUGGCAUGGCAAAUACAUGUAGCUGUGAGAUCAGCAGUCAGGCAUAUCUGGACAAAAGUACAGAUGAGAUAACUUGUGAAGAAUCGUCCGAUUCGGUCCAGAGGCCUGCCACGGCCCUAAAUUCAUCACCAAUCAAGUCUCCCCCUAAAAUCGUCCCAGCAUCACCUUUAUCUACACCUGCUCCCACCACUGCAGCACCCUCCUCCACCUCAGGAACGUCGGGAGACGAUGACGAAUUUAAGCGUGUGACACGCAUGUGCUUCACUGUUUUUCUGUGUUUUGUGUUCUGCUUUGUCCCCUUCCUGUUGCUAAACAUAGCCGACAAACAUAACCGCGCCCCGCAAGUACUGCACAUGUUUUGUGCAAACCUCACCUGGCUGAACAGCUGCAUCAACCCUGUGCUCUAUGCUGUCAUGAACCGACAGUUUCGACAGGCCUACCAUGUGUUGCUCAACAGGGCUUUCGCACCUUUCACCUGCCUCUGGACCUGGUGGUCACCUCUGAGAUCCUAAGCUCCUGGAGCUUAAACUUGGCUGUUGUAAAGCCAGUAUAGUAUUAUUCAAUUGAAAAAACCCAACACAGACAUAGUGCCGUUUACACUCCACCACUAUCAACUUUUAGGCUGCUUUUCUUUGUUACAUUUAUGCUGCAUUGGAGAUGCACCAAUACUGGCAUGGGAUAUCAGUCAGAUACUGACUCAAUAGCUAGAUCAGGUAUUUGUGAUAAUAGGGCAAUCUGGUAUCGGAUACCAUUAUUUUGAAAAAAAAAUGAUUCUGUACAUUUAUAUCCAUGUAUUUAUAUGUUAUAUUUUAUUUUACAAAGAUAGGAAAGCAAUGUUUAAGUCAAGCCUGACACACGCUGUAGAAGAAUGAUUCCAGUCAGUUCCACAGGGUGAGGCAUACAGCUUAAUAAUUAAACACUGGUACCAGUAUGGAUACUUGGGAUGCUGAUACCCAAAGCUCAGGUAUCGGUAUCAGUGUCGGGAAUGGAAAAGUCAGAUGAAUGUAUCCUUAGUUAAAUGAUUUUACCAAAAUUCCAGUCCCCAUUACUUCACAACCUCCAUGUUUUAAUCUGUUUCUUGUUUCCUUUUACAUUAAUGUACACAAUUACAUUAUAUGUUUAUGAAAUGUAUGGAAUAAAUUAUGUUUUGUAAUACAUAAUCCCCACAGUUGCAUUCAGAAUGUUCAAUUUGCCAAUGCGUCAUCACAAAAAGUGUCUAUUACAUCAUAUGAGAAACCACAAAUGUUACAAAAAUCAGCACAGGAUAUUCCUCUGUUACACAACAUGCCUUAGAGGCUGUGGCACACCAGGUAGAGCGCUUGUCCUGUAACCACAAGGUUGGUGGUUUGAACCCCUCUGUCAACAUGCCGAGGUGUCCUUGAGCAAGAUACCUAACCCCCAGUUGCUCCCCGGGCGCUUCUUAGCAGCCCACUGCUCCUCUGGGAUGGGUUAAAUGCAGAGAAUUGUAAUUUCCCCAUUGUGGGACUAAUAAAGGCUUAAUCAUUAUUAUUAUAUAAAAAAAUCAGGAACUUGUGACUGUGUCUCAACUCUGUAUUGCCCCUUUCAUGCUGACAGUACAAUACUAACAAUAGAAAGUGUUCAUUAGUUUGACAUGUGGGUGAAGUGUGCUUGUGUAUGCAUGUUUGAGUUGUGUCAAGGAAUGCACUCAUUUAGGAUACCGACAAAUGCAAAUAACACUCAUACUAAUGUCCACACUCCACCCUCACAAGCUGUGAUUUAUCUUUAAAGAGGACUAACACAAGAUAUACUCAAGGCUGUCACGCUUGUUACACACAUAGAAAAAACAAAGUUGUUGCUUGCGUGAAAAAUAGAAACACAGCACUUCUAUUUUUGGCCACAACACAGCAGCAAACCGGGUACCAUGGCUACUUUUACCUCUGACUGACCGGGAGGCCGAGGGGCUUUAAGGUGCCAACUAAGAGCCACAACGUCCUGGUUAUGGUCGACAAGGGCCGAAGUUGCUUUACUGACACUAUAGCGUCAGUCAUUGGGUACAUCCCAAGUCUCUUAAAUUGCCUCCUGGAUUCCCUCACUUGCGUCCUUUCCUUGCAUCUUAGUCCCGCCCACCAGGGAUGCAUGGAGAGACGCAAGGAAACCAGGCGAGGAGAGAGGAAACGAGGAAAUGUGUUUUAAGAGACAUGAGACGUCCUUUCCUCUGUAGCGUCACGUGAAGCGACGUCUGUUUCUGAAGACGGCGGCCGCUGAUCACAACUGGAUCAGCUGUCAGUCGGCUUUAACAGCUGGAGAGACUUUUGAUUUUAUGUCCGCACACAUGAUCACUGUACCAAUAUUAAUAAUGAAACAAAGUAAUCAUCACUGUACUAAUAUUAAUAAUGACACAA